AUGGAAACCCUUAAAAAUGUGUCCUUUAAACCAAUUUCCCAAUCUUUCUACUACAAACCAAUACUCAUGAAAUAUUUACAGGAUGGCCAGGAAAAGUCGUACGAAAUUGCGGAAAAGCACUCAUCUGUCGCCAUUCUUCUCUACCAUACGGGGCUUCAAAAGUUUCUUGUAGUCAGGCAAUUUAGGCCACCUAUUUUUGUUAAUCGGGUUCGGAAGAUGGCUGAAAAUCAUGGGAAAUCGUUGUCUGAAAUUCAGUGGGAGGAUUACGAUGCGGAAUUAGGAUAUACGGUAGAAUUAUGUGCAGGAAUGGUGGAUAAAGAUAAAUCGCUAGAGCAAAUUGCCAGUGAAGAAAUCAUGGAGGAAUGUGGGUUUUCGGCAAAAGCAGAGGAACUAUUGAAAAUUGAAGCCUCUAUUUAUGACCUCGGUAGCAGCGGAGUGACUCAUAACGUGUAUUACGUCGAAGUAGAUGAUACAAGAAAGAUCGGUGAGGGCGGUGGAAAUCAAAAUGAACAGGAAUCCAUUACAAAGGUUUUUCUAACACUCGAAGAAGCUGAAGCUCUGUCUGGUUGUAGUCCGCCCGGUUUUUCGUUUGCAUUCGCUUGGUGGAAAAAUCGAAAUCGGGACUUGAAAGCUACAUCAGAGCCAGUGCUUGCAAACAAGAUGCGAGAAAAAGUCCCAAAUCGUAUGACAAACUUUUCAUUUACGCGUGAUGGCUUUCCAAAACGGGACGAGUUGCUGAAGGCUCAUUUUCGCUUGGGUCGAAUUACCCGAGCUUGGGACUUGGCAUUGAGAAACGAUUGUGUCUCCGUUUUACUCUACUUGACCGACUCGGAAGAAGUGAUUUUCUUGAAGCGCUUCCGACCUGCUGCCGCUAUCGGACGCAUGCGAGCUAAACGGGAGAAUUAUGGAAAGAAAUUGGAAGAGAUCGACCUUGAUUUGUACCACGAUGACUAUGCAGUAACCUUGGAGCCAAUGUGCACAAAGCUUACGCAAGGAGAGACACCUCAAGAUGCAGCCAUCCGAGCCGUACUUUCCCAAAGCGGCUAUAAAAUCUCGAAUCCCGAAUUUAUCAAGGAAUUUAUCAUCGGUAUCUCGAUGGGUGGUGAUAUGAUGAAACUGUAUUUUGCGGAAGCUACAGCUCGGGAUAUCGAUCCAAACUUCCGGGAAAGAGAGGACACCACAGUGUUACAUCUUCCAAAGGCUUGCCUCCCGGAAUUGGCGUUGUAUACCGAACCGCUAGGCCCUCCAAUUCUCUAUUAUUCCGCGUAUUAUUUACUCGAGCGUUUGGUCUGG